ACAAUGGAAAAAUAAUAUAGUUUUGACAAAUUUAAAACAGAGUAGAGAUCACAAACUCAGAUCAGCCUUUGAAUCAUGAAAUCUGUUAUUUUACUGAUGGUUUCUUGUGUUUUCAUGUUUCUUGUUGUGAGCUAUAUUCAAGACGUAGAAGCUGCGAACAAGAGGUGUCACCUAAAUCAAAUGUUCACUGGGAAAUGCGGAAAUGAUGGGAACAAGGCUUGCUUAGGCGAUUUCAAAAACAAGAGACGUAAAUAUGAUCUUUGCCAAUGUACGGAUGCUCCUCAAAUAAUACCUUCACUACCUCCACAACGUGUGUGCAAUUGUAGUCGUCCUUGCUAACUUUUAUUUAUGUUUUACUAAUGAAUGAAAAUAUAUAAAGUUACUAGAAUUUUCAAUUGUCAAUUUAUUAUUAUUUUUUAAUUAUGAUUAUGAAUUAACACUUAAAAAGUAGUAUGUGUACUUUACGUGUUGUGUAAAUUGUUCUAGAUGAUGUAUGUGUUCUAUGAGACCAUAAAGAGCUUCUACUAGGCCUGGGAGUUCGGAAUAAACCGAUCAAACCGACCCGAUCAAACCGACAAUUACGGUUAUCGGCGUAAACCGAAGAGAGAACUCCAAACCGUUCGGCGAAAUUAGUUUGGGGAUUCGGAAGUCGGUUCGGGUCGGUUCGGUAUUCGGGCCGAUCGGUUUUAUUUAAACCGAGAAUCUGCAGCCAUAUAUAAGGCUAAUGAGUCAUUAACCCUAAUUUAGUUUCAUUUUCUUCUUUGGAUCUGCCUCUGCGGCUCUACUUCUUCCAAAACUCAAACAGAGAGUUCAUCUUCUUCUUCGACCUAAUCCAUAAUCAGUAUAACGUUUCUUCUUCUUCAUCAAUUCAUCAUCUUCUACAUGCUUUAUUAUUCUCUUCUUUUUUCUCUUUAAUCGUUUCUUCGUGUGAUUCUUUGUUGUUUGCUCGCUAAGCUCUUCCAUAUCACCAAAAUCUCAGCUGGAUUUACGGAUUUACGGUCGGAGAGAUCAGCCGUCGCCGUCCGUCUCCGCCCGUCGCUGCAUUGUCACUGUCAACAGAUGUGACGAAAACCCUAAUUUUUAAUGGGUUGGGCUGUAAAUUUGUUAAUUUUAAUUGGGUUGUAAUUUUUUUUAAUGCUUUAAAUAAUUGUAAUGGGUUUGGGCUUUGUUUUUAGCCCAUUAUUCAUAUAUUUUUUGAAUUCGGUUAAAAUAAACCGAAAUAGAAAAAAA